GGGACCUUGGGCAUGAAGGCCCAAUUUGCUUCAAAUAUAUCUGGGUUAUUCUAGCGUUCAAACGCUCGCCAAAUUCGAUAAAAUUGAUGCUGAAUGGUAUUUUUCAGUCGUCGAGUGACAGAUGGGAAGCUGUUCCAAUGGGCUGAAGAAGUGUCUGAAGAAUGGAAAAAUACGGUUGUGAACCGGUUUGCCUCGAGCCAUUUGUUCAUCAAGUGGGUGGCAGCUCACACAUGUUCUCAUACGACAGUACAACUGUGUGUAAACCUCUCAACGAGCGCGAGUACCAUUUCUAUCAGACUGUACCAGAAUGUCUGAAGGAAUUUAUGCCAGACUUUAAAGGUGUUGUGGAGGUGGCCUUCGUCGAGGACAGUGAUGGUUACUACAACAUAACACUAGCCGGCACGCCCACUGGUGGUAGCUAUGGCAAGAACGGAAAAAGGAAGGUGUUCAACAAAUCUGGGAAUUCGCCAGGUUCCAGUGGAGGGGAAGGUAAAGAGUCCGACUCCGACUCCGACUCUAAUCACUGCUGUCCAAAACGAGUCGCAGCUGAGGCAGCUACAAAAAGUGAUGAUUCUUCUCGGGUACAUGCAGCAACAUCAAGCAGACAACAUAUUGACUCUGGUCAAACAAGUUUUGAGCUGAAAGAUGGUGAAGCAAAAUCAACCUGCAAGAGCAAAUCAAAAUGUUCGCCCAAUCCUUGGCAUAUGCGUCUUCACAAGCGCGAGAUGGAUAAAAUGCGGGAAGCAAGUUCUGGACUAGGACCAAAAAAAUUCAUCCUGUUGGAGAAUGUGGUAUCCCAGCUACAUUAUCCCUGUAUUCUUGACCUCAAGAUGGGAACAAGGCAGCAUGGUGAUGAUGAGUCUGAUGAAAAGCGGGAGAAAAAAAUUAAACGCUGCCUUACGACCACUUCCUCAUCCAUUGGAUUCAGAGUUUGUGGCAUGCAGAUCUACCAGCGGGAUACUCGGCAGUUUAUUUGUCAAAACAAGUAUGCGGGUAGAAAACUGUCUGCGGAAACUAUCCGAGAUGCUCUCUAUCAGUUUCUCAAUGAUGGUGUUUGUUUGUGUACCGACCUGAUUGAUCAGAUUUUAGAGAGAUUAAAACAGCUUUAUUCCCUGCUUUCUAAGCAGAACUCGUUUCGAUUCUAUUCAAGUUCAUUAUUGAUUAUGUACGAUGGAAAAGAGAGAAAAACAACAGAUGCAAGGACACCAACUGCAAGUGUUACUGCUUAUGAUAAGGAAAGCAAUGCGAAAACGUGGAAGAAAAAUAUCACGGAGGAUCUUGACUGGUCGCAUACCUCCCGGACAUCGGAGAAGCGCAGUGAUCCGGUGAAACAUGUCAGCCCAGAUCAUUCUCGAAGCCAUGACUCGCUUGGGAAGAAUUCACGUCAAGAAACUAAUCAUCGAUUAGUUGAUGUGCGUAUGAUAGACUUUGCUCAUACGACACAUCAAGGGUUCCAUCACGACAGACAACGCAGCGGACCAGACACAGGGUAUCUGUUUGGAUUGACAAAUCUCAUCAAGAUAUUUGAGGAAAUCAAAGAUCAAAACUCUUAGCAUAUCAUCAUUAUUCCCUACCCCUAAUGAAAUUGCCAAGAGAUUCUGAUUUUGAAGCAAAUGUGGCGAUAUUGGGACCAAAGUGUUCAUGAAGUAGGAUAUGGUUUCAAAAAAGUCCUGUCACCCCUUCCCUUUAAAAACAAAUCUCUUGUACCCUUAUAAAAAUGUAGUUUAUUGUGAAUGGCACCUAAGAAGUUAACCCUUUUGCUGCAGGGGACAUGCAUAGUACGUCAUAUUGCACGUGAGGGUGACGCAUACAGCACAUCAUGCCUACUGUUAUCUUAAGUCAUCAGCACUUGUCUGCAGCCUCUCUAGUCUAAAUGUGCCUAACAUGCUCAGGAAACAUUCGUCAGAUUGAAAAUUUUAUACAUGGCGACACCUUUUGACAUAAGUUGCCCAUUCAGGUAGCAGUAAACACUGUACAGCAUUAGAAUCCACUGCUUUGCUUGGGGUGGUACCGGCCGAAAGAUGGCUGUCGCAGUGAAAGGGUUUAUGUGAUGUAAUUCAUUGCUGGGUUCUACCAGACUAAAUCUUGAAGGUAUCUGUAAAUAUCUAUGUCCAUUGUUUGUAUAUUGUAGCUGUGCGUUUUAUAUCUUGAUGAUUUAAAAAGUAAUGUGUAGAAGCGAGGCAUGGUAAUCUAUGUUUCUGGGGUGUGGUGGUGGUGGUGGUAGUUACAACAUAUAACAGUAGCCAGAUUUGUAUCAAGUUUCUCUCCAUGGCUAAAGGUAAAGAACUGAGGUCGAUAUCUAGCCCAAGUCAAUAUUGGAUAUGUAAGCUAAAGGGAGUUUAGCUACUUGUAUUACUGCACUUGUUUAUUCUAUGUGAUCAAUUGUUUAAUUAUACUGGAAACUGCACCAUUUAAUUUUUUCCAGUAAAAAAACCACUGUUCACUAUUAUUUUUGUGAAUCCAGGUUAUUCGCAAAAUUCGCCACCCAAGUUCUUUAUAUGCUUAGUGUAUUUGCUUUUUCAUUUAUCAAGAUUGGUAUGGGACCGUUUUUCAUGGGGAUCCAUUUGGUACAUACUAGUAAAUGACAUCCAUUUACUGACUGGAUGACCUCUAAUGGGAAAUUGAAGCUUGACCAAGAAUUAAAUAUGAGUCGAGAAGGGGCUUUUUCCCCACAAAUAUGGUGUGUGAAAUCUUACUGAUAUAUAUAGGAAAAGCAUUUCAUUUAUGUUGUUUGUAAUUUUAAUGUGAUUUUAAAUUAUUGCAAUUGUUCAAUAUUGGUACGGGCCAUCCUCUGAUUUUUGUAUUGCGAGUAAAACGCGAGGUUGGUGCAAUUUAUGUAUAGCAUUAGAAAUCAGAAGUUUUGUGAUUGGUCUACCAUCAAUGCAAUAGCACUAACAGUAGACAACACGACAUGCAACUAUAUCAGUAAUUUAAUUAUAUUGUUAGGGCUUGUUGUAUUUAGUUUGCCAUAGUUACCCAACAUGUACAGCAGUGGAAGCCUGUAUUUGGCAGUGUGGAUGGGCACAUUGUAUGCAGAUAGCUGGGCAUUUGAACAGUGUAUGUGUACUACAUUUCUUUGUUUCUGACCCACAAUUAAAUACGAUAGUGCGUACCCCCCAAAAAAGUAUGCUUCUGACAGUUACAUAUGUACUAAUUGACUAAGCUAUUCUUAUGUUUGAUAAAAUGUAUAAUGUAUAAUAACUGUGGGUACAGUUACUAAUUGACUAAGCUAUUCUUAUCUUUGAUAAAAUGUAUAAUGUAUAAUAACUGUGGGUACAUACAUUCAUGGCUUACAUGCAGUUUAAAAUAUCGUUAUUGGAAAUGUUAGAUGCUUUGUGGCAAUUUUGGGUAGGUCAGCAUUGCAUUGGGAAAAUAAAACUAAUUGUGAAA